CUUGCUUUGGCAUGUCAUUCGGAGACAAGCACCUGGGCGUUUGCUCCGUGAAGCUGCCUGCAGGAUACUAGCCAAGUUCGGUUGCACAACAUAGAGCGAAACUGGAUGUCGUGGGGGGAUUUAUGAGAGAACAUACAAGAUAACUAAUGUUUCAAAUAUGCGUACCAAUGCAGAGCGCACGUAUGCUUGCAACGCGGGCAGCGAAUGAACCCGGAUACCAUGCCGAACUGCUGUAUUGCUUCUUUGAGAAACAGGUGUUCGAUUUUCGUGUCGCAUCUGAAUUGACAACAAGGUGAUCGAGCCAUGCCGACGCCACAAAAGAAGAACAAAAAGAAGGGAUGCCUGGCCCUUGGGUACAGGUCAGAGCACUUUCGGAUUGCUGGGCAGAUGGCUGUGGCCAUCGUCGCAGCUAUGCUGUUUGUGGUGAUCGAUCCACUCUACAACUUCCUGGGAGAGUACGCUGUCUGGAUUGUCAUCACCGUAGUGGUGGCAUUCAGCCCCAAUGUUGGCUCAGCCCUCAGCAACGCCGUCAUAGGCCUGCUGGGGUCGAUAGUGGGCGGCGCACUCGGGAUGAUGAUCAUUGCCCUCAUCAGCGGGCUCGCGCUGGGCUACUCGUACGAAACACACCCUGUCACUAUGUCGGUGUGGCUGUGCGUGCUGAUGGCCCUGGUGGGCUUUGUGCUCGAGCUGAACAAGGAGCGCUUCCGGCGACUGGAGUACGGCUACUCAGUCGCUCUGCUCACCUUCCCCCUUGUGGCCAUACCAGGGUUCAGGGCAAAUGACGAGCGAUACGUUGAGCGGCUGAAGCUGUCGCUGUGCGGCUGCAUCGGCGUGUUGCUGACCGUGCUGUCGGCCGCGGUCGUGUUCCCGGUUCGCGCGCGCACUCGGCUGCGCAAAAGCACUGCGCACAUCCUGGAGAAUCUGGGCAAUCUUGCCUUCCAGCUGCUCGGCGAGUUCUGCCAGGAGCCGGACGAGGGCAUGCGCAUGCGCGGCAGCUCGGGCACGGAUGUGCAGCAGCACUAUGUGGACAACGGUCUGCAGCAGGCGCUCGAUGGGCUGCACCGCGCGCACCUGCACCUGCUCAAGGACGUGUCGGACGUGGCCGAGCUGAUCGCGCCCGCGCGCGCCGAGACGCGCUACCUCAAGUUCACGAAGCCGCGCUUCCCCAUCUCAACCUACAAGACCAUCCACCGGCUGUGCGCGCGCAUUCUGACGGCGCUGGGCAGCUUGCACCACAGCAUGGAGAGCGGCCACCUGCGCCUGGGGCUCUGCGUCGUGUACCGGCCGCUGCUAGAGGAGCUUCGCCAAAAUGUGGCGGCUUCCCUCACCGCCCUCUCCGGCCUCGUCCUCGGCACGCUCUCAGAGGACUAUGCGCGUGAGAAGAUGGAGCGGCUGUGCGCAUCAGCUGUGGAGCUGCAGGCGGCGCUGGAGCGGGAGCCCAUGAAGGCAGGCUACAACAUGCAUGUCGAGACGCUCGCCAUCGCAGCGAAGACCGCCACCAACCUCGCCCGCCAGGUGGCGAGCAUGUACAUGGAUCUGAGGCCAGAGGCGGCGCACCAGAUACACAGCAGCCUGUGCGGCGGCACAGACCGCCUCCCCAGCCGCAAGUCUUCCUCUGACGGCGCACCGGGCAGCCAGCAGCGGGAGGACAUCCCCAUGACUGGGCAGCAGCUAGGCGGAUUGCCGCCCAAGCCUGGCCGUGGCGGAGGAGGGGGGAUGGCAUCGCAGCAGGGGGAUAUAGAGCUGGGGAUGGGGGGAAUGAUUAGGCGCCCCCCGAGCAGCCUCGCCAGCGGCCGCCUGAGCUCUAUCUCGGAGGACACCAGCCUCGACAGCUCCGACGGCCGGAGACAAACACUGCAACAUCUGCCGGAGGAUCUGUCGACGAAGGUGGGCUCCUUCCUGCGGUCGAAGUCACUGCCGGGGCCGGUGCUAAUUCCUGGGAGCGUCUUCCGGGACUCGCUGCUGCCCUUUGCCAUGCCGCCGCCGCCGCAGCCGAGCUACACUCCCUAUCCCGAGGAGCCGCCGGCCACGCCGCCGGCGCCGCCGUCCCCGGCCGGGGCCGGCCCAGGGCACCCAGACGGCGGCGAUGCCUCCGCGGCCGGCAACCGCCCGCGGCUGCCGCAGCGGCCGAGCAAUGUGCGCGAGAUGCUGCAGGGGCAGACCGCGGCGGGAUCGCCCCCGCGCGACGUGGCGCUGACUCAGCGGCAGGGGCAGUCGCUGGUGCCGUUGCCGGAGCGGGGGGCCGUGGGGGCGUGGCCCGCGUCAGCGCCAGCGCCAGGUCAGCCGCUGCAUGUGACAUCAGCGGACGACGGCGGCGCCCCGGAGCUGUGCAAGAUGACGUCGCUGCAGCGCAGGACCAGCCCGAGUGCGUGGCUCAACAGCCGCAGCACCUCGUUCAAGGCAGAGGACAAUCCUUUUGGAUGA